CAGAUCUUCAGUACACCAUUAGGCUUUCAAAUACAAAUCGAAGAAGCAAAGGAACUAUGGGCACGAACAGCUAUCAGCCUUGGAACACCAAAUUCGUCUUCGCUAUUCAGUUCGUCAGCGGUCCUAUAAACUCCAAGGAAAGUGAUGGUGGUUAUCCGGGCUACUGGAAAGAAGGCUUCAUGACUGUCCAGAAAUCAAUCAAUAAUGCAAUUUACGAGAUAUUGACUGGAGAACAUAUUCCUUGGCUCAACUUGAAUUUUUUGAUUGGGCGGUUCCCCUAUCCAGCCUAUCAGUCGCAAAUUAUCGAAGUUGGGUCGUUUUUUCUACCUGUCAUCGUAAUCUUCUCCUACAUGACUAGCGUCAUUUAUAUUGUGAAGUGUGUGGUGGGCGAGAAGGAAAGCCGAAUGAAGGAAUACAUGCGAGUGAUGGGUUUGAGCCAAUGGAUCCAUUGGGUUGGCCACUUUAUCAUGAACUACGUGAAGCUGGUAGUAUCAGUCAUCGUGUUGACAAUAUUGCUACAUUUUGUCACUGUCAAGUCUGAUGGUAGCAUUAUGUUCGUAUUUUUCUUGCUUUAUGCAUUCAACGCACUUUAUUUUGCUUUUGCGAUCUCAACUUUCAUGCAAUCAGGGACCGCGGCUACAUUGAUGGCCGUUGUUGGUUGGAUGUUACUCUAUUUUUGGUAUGCAAUGUUCAGUAGCUUUGAUAUGGCUGCACCGUACCCGCUCGGCGUCCGAUUGGUCAAUUGUCUCAAUCCUGACAUCGCUAUGGCAUACGGUAUACAGUUCUUGUCGCAAUACGAAACUCAAGCUGAUGGUCUUCAUUGGGGUCAACUCUUCACCCCGCCCACCCCGGAUCAGCGGCUCACUAUUGGCCAUUGCUUUGUGAUGUUAUUGGUAGACGGGUUACUGCUGAUGUUGAUUACCUGGUACGUGGAGGCAGUCUACCCUGGUGGUGAAGGUGUACCGCAGAAGCCAUGGUUCUUCCUGCAGAAAUCCUACUGGUUCCCAUCUAGUCAAGCAAGAAGAAGCGAGGAUUCGCAAAAGUCAAUGGCGAAUGGAAAUGAACGAAGUUUUGCGAAAAUCGAGCCGGAACCCAACUUACGAGCAACUAUAAACGUCGUAAACCUUUCGAAAACUUAUGGAACAUCAUUUUUCAAGAAGUUAUUUGACUGUCAGUUUGGCAAAUUGGGAGAGAAGAAAGCCGUUGACCAUUUGAAUUUGAAAAUGUAUCAUGGCCAAAUAACCGCUUUACUGGGACAUAAUGGAGCUGGAAAAAGCACCACAUUCAGCAUGCUGACAGGUGUGACCUCACCAUCAUCAGGCACCGCUUACAUCGAUGACUAUGACAUUCGAACGAGUUUACCCCAAGUGCGCAAACAAACUGGACUUUGUCCUCAAUACAACAUAUUAUUCAGCUCUUUGACAGUCAUGGAACACUUAGAAUUCUUCUGCAAGUUGAAGGGCCGAUACUACCACGAAAAAGAAGCUGUAGAUAUCUUGACCAGGCUCAAAAUCGAUUUCAAAAUGCAUGCAAGAGCAGGGACACUCUCCGGAGGGCAAAAGAGGAAACUUUCCCUAGCCAUAGCUUUGAUAGGUGGUUCUGAGAUAGUAAUGCUGGACGAACCCACUUCGGGUAUGGACCCGGGUGCUCGUCACGAAACCUGGACACUCUUGCAAGCCGAGAAGAGCCGUAGAACUAUUCUUUUGACAACACAUUUCAUGGAAGAAGCUGAUUUGCUAGGAGACAGAAUAGCCAUUCUAGCCCAUGGGCAGCUGCAGUGCUGUGGUUCUGGAAUGUACCUGAAGGCGCAAUACGGUGACGGUUAUCAUCUAACAGUGGUCUACGAGAACCUCUCGGCUCUUCCUGAAAAGCAAGUGAACCAAACGAUGUACUUGCUACAACAGCAUGUGAGCGAUGUUCGACUUCAAUCUUUUGUUGGUCAAGAAGCUCAUUUCCUUAUCUCUGCCAAAUGCAGAUCACAAUUUUCGAAAAUGUUCGCGAAUUUGGAGGCAGAACAAGCGUAUCUUGGCAUUUCGUCAUUUGGAAUGUCUGUAACAACAAUGGAGGAAGUGUUUUUGAAGGUCGGCAACUUAGCCCAAGAACGUUUCAAUCAAGAAAAUGCAGACGACGCAACAGAAGUCAAGGAGAUUGAUGAGAACGACCCAGUGCUCAAGAAACUGAAGGUCGAAGAACAUCUUGAGGGUCUACCGUACUACUGGCAGCAUUUCGAAGCGAUGUUCAUCAAGAGGAUCAUAUACUUCUAUCGGAAAUGGAUAAUGUUCAUUAUGAACCUCGCCUUUCCGAUACUGUAUAUGGUUUUGAUGGUAUGGACCAUAACCCUAGUCCCUGGGCCAACAGAACAACCAAGUCUUAAAAUCGAUAUGACACCAUUUGGCGGCAAAAGCGGCGAUACGUUUAUAUUCAUAUCAAAUUCUACGGAUGAAUAUUUUACUGAUGAUCUAGAUCUGAAAAAGCUUCUUCGACAGACAAUUGCAAGGUUUGGAGCUCCUUCAAAUAUUUUCGUGGACACUAUGGAAGAUAUUGCUAACUACGUCCUCGGUCUUAUUCCACAGAUUGGCUCCAAAAACUUUGGUAUUCACUACCCGUUGGCUUUCGAGCGUCUCUAUCUUCCUCUCAAUCUGACUGCAACAAGUCUCAGAGCUUGGUUCAACAAUUUCGGAUUUACAACUCCACCCCUUGCAAUCAGUGUGGCUGAUUCGUUGGUAAUCUCACAAGCGUUGAACAAGAAUAUCACGCUGACGGUCAAUAACCAUCCGUUCCCUCCAGUUACUCAAGAUGUCUUGAAGAAUCGCAACUAUUCGAAUAGUUCUGCUUUCAUCCUAUCCUAUGCUAUCAUCGUGUGUAUGGCCGUAGUGGUCGCCACGUGCUGCCAGUUCCUUAUAAGGGAAAGAAAGAAGAAGAGCAAACAUAUGCAGAUGCUAUCAGGGCUAAGACCGUGGAUGUACUGGAUAACAGCGUUUUUAUGGGAUGUUAUUUGGUAUAUUGUUCGUAUGGCAGCUUUCAUUGGCACUUUCUAUGCUUUUCACAUCGAGGCCUACACGAAAAGCUUUGAUACGGUACUCGUAUUGUUGUUGGCAAUGUCUUUAUAUGGAUGGACGGCUAUUCCUUUUACUUACUGGUUUUCCUUUGCGUUCACAUCGGCCCCUAAGGGUUUUACAAUGAUCGUCAUGUAUAACAUCAUUACUGGUAUGAUCGGAUCCAUCGCCAUACCAAUCAUUCAACAAGUAGAAAGUGAAGAUGCUGCGUACACUGCGAGUAUCAUACUAUCAUUUGCGUUCCCCACUUACAGUAUCUCCAACGUUUUCACCGUUGUCUACAAUAAUGAGUUUGGUAGACAAGCUUGUGCAAUGCUUGAUUGCUCUAUUCCGCUCUACAAUGCCAGCAAGAUAUGCUGUGGCCAACCUGAAGACAGGAUCUACACCGAUCAUAUUCUCACGGACACGGGAAAGUUAGGCAUCUUUUACCCUAUAAUCUUCUUUGCGAUAGAGGGUUUUAUUUACUGGUUCCUCGUUAUUUCUCACGAACACAAUUUCAUUACCCGUUUUAUAACGUUCUGUAGAUGGAACAAGAAAAAUCGAAUAGGAGAUUCACAGUACGAAAACUGGAGCACAGAACCUGAAAUUUUGUAUACGGGUGAAGACAGUGAUGUUUUGGCUGAGAAAGCUCGAGUUAAAGCAAUGCAAAAGGAUGGAGCUGCUGUCAUUGUUGAUGACAUCAAGAAAUGGUAUGGUGACUUUAACGCCGUGAAAGGUGUCACGUUCCAUGUGAAACAAGGCGAAUGCUUUGGCCUGUUGGGAGUAAAUGGAGCUGGAAAAACAUCGACGUUCCAAAUGUUGACCGGAGAAAAUGACAUCAGCGAUGGAGAUGCUUUCGUCAAUGGUUGGAGUGUGAAAACUCAUUGGAGGGAGGCAGGCGCUAACAUCGGAUAUUGUCCCCAGUUUGACGCUAUUCUCAAAGAAAUGACCGGCGAAGAGACGCUUUACAUGUUUGCGAGAAUCCGUGGAAUUCCAAGGAAGUUGAUACCUGAAAAGGUCGAUGCUGUUAUUCACACUAUCGGCAUUGGAAUGUAUGCAAAGAGACAGAUCAAGGGCUACAGCGGUGGCAACAAACGUCGUCUUUCACUCGGAAUAGCGCUGAUAGGGUUACCGCCAGUACUUCUCUUAGAUGAACCCACUACGGGAGUGGAUCCAAAAGCGCGCAGAAUUAUCUGGAACAUCUUCGCAAGGGUACAAGCAUUGGGAACCUCCCUGGUGUUAACGUCGCAUAGUAUGGAUGAGUGUGAAGCAUUGUGCACUGAGUUAGCUAUCAUGGUCAAUGGAAGGUUCAAGUGUUACGGUAGCUGUCAGCACAUCAAGAGCAGAUAUGGUGCCGGCUUCACUCUGCUAAUUCGUCUUCAUCGAGCUGAAGAAGCGGAAAGCACAAAAGCCGAAGUCAUGAAAACAUUUCCAGGCGCCAUUCUUAAGGAACAUCAUCUCCUGCAACUAAACUACGAGCUGCCAAAACGACCUGGCAUAACUUGGUCGAUGCUUUUUGAUGACCUUGAAGAUUUAUCUCGAAGACAUGAUUUUGAAGAUUAUUCACUUAGCCAAACAACCCUGGAACAGGUAUUCCUCGAAUUUUCUCGAGAUGCUGCCAUGACCAAAAAUGUUGGAUAUUCGGAAAUUCCGCAGCAGAAUGGUUUUGUAAAUCACCAGAUGAGCAAUGGAACACCUGCACAAGAGCAGCAAAGCAAUAAUAGACUUGCUGAUGAGUACUUUGGUUCGUACUAACAUUAGAUCGUUCCAGAAGUAAUUUCGCUUUUUUAAAGGGGCACCACAUUUGAUGGAACAAAGAUUUUUAAGAGGUCUUGGCAGCAUUCGAUGAAGAAAUUCAUCAUCUUUAAAACAGUAAUGAAAUCGUUGCGGCGCAGUCAGUGAGCUCUCUGAAAAUCCCCAGAUUCUGCGACCGAUGCUUUUUGCUAUGGUCAACUUUAGCUAUUUUCCAAAAUCUCCGUAUCAAUCCUCUAAAGGAGCCUAAGUAGCGAGUGGAUAGAGCAAACCCUAGAGGAUACAAAACAAUUUUUCUCACCCUUCCAUACUUCGUCAUAUUUUUAAUAGGAUUUUAAUUGAUGCUACUUAUUUCCAUUCUUGGUCAACUCAAACCACGUAGAACAUCAAACGGUGAGCAGCUCGGGCGUUAUUCGAUGCAGAUUGUUCUCAUCUUUCUGAUGGGCAUUUUUUGUUUCCGAUUAGUUCAGUCUUCGGGGAUGAAAUCGUCAUGAAUCAUGUUUUGAACGCGCC